AUGGCACAAACCAUGCCAUUCCUUGUCCGCUGGUCCCUCCCUGGUGUCUCACCCUCUCUGUGUGUUUUUUCCUCCAGGUGUUCUACUGAUCUUGGCACUGACAGAAGAGCUGGUGUUUUCUGUUCAGGUACUGUCUCCCACUGUCUCCUCCUCUCAGGGCUUCCCUAUGGACACUACCACUACCACAGCCAUGGGAACAACACCUCGCCAGAAAGACCGCCACACAGCACAGCCCUUUCCCACGUCCACUCACGCCAUUCCCCAUCCUGUCAGCUUGAUGGAGAAGUCCCUUUCCACCGGGCAAAAGCAAGCAAGUGGCUCCCACGUUGGCGAAAAGGAAAUGUAUAAUCUGUACAACCAGAGUGCUUUGUACUCGGGACAGACUCGCCCCAAGGGGAAAAUAUUCCAGGUUUUCAAAGGCAACUUCACAGAAUCCUCAGAGCCUUACCUAAAGGCGACGCUGCACUCUCCCUUCCCUACCCUGAGCAGCCCUUUCACAGACCAUCCAUUCCAGUCCCAAACCACAGCAUCCAGCAAUCCCAAUGGCACGGGGCUGGCAAGAACUACACACUCGGACCCUUCUCCCCACCACAACACCUCGGGAAGCCUUAGGGAAGCAGAGCGAGGGGAUAGGGCUGAGCUAGUGGUGCAGGAGGCAGAUUUUGCCACCACAACUGCUGGACCAUCAGCUGAUCCUGAAGCAGUGUCGGUGCCUUUUAAACCCACCCGCUACAGCGUAUGGGAUAUGCUGAGCAAAAACAACUCUUGGGUGACCUUGAAUCUCAGUACAAAUGUCCCUCUGUUUGCUGGCCCUGGAUCUGCAACAGCAGCAGCAAGUCAUGCAGUUCAGACCAGUUUUGACGUCAGCAUCUCCUCCCCAGCAGCAGGAGACCCCAAGGGACCGGCUCCAACGCAGCACGGCACGGUGACUAAUGCGACCUUGCUGGGCAGUGCUCUCUCCGCAGCACCUGCCACGAGGUCGUCCAGCUCCAUUUCCACAGCUGGCUCCACCGCCACCGGGAACUUCCUCAACAGACUGGUUCCUGCCGGGACCUGGAAACCUGGGGUGCAAGGAAAUAUCUCCCAUGUCACCGAGGGGGACAAGCCCCAGCACAGAGCAACCAUCUGCCUUAGCAAGAUGGACAUUGCCUGGAUCAUUCUGGCUAUCAGCGUACCUAUAUCCUCAUGUUGUAAGUUAAUUGCCAUUUGCUGCCUGCGGAAACGUAAAGGGCAGCAGCCAAUAGUAUUCAUCCUACAAGCUAUGCUGAGGACAAGGUUAGAUGAGCUGACCAAGCCACUGUUACACACAGCUUACUCCUGCCAAAAAG